GACGCUGAUGCUGGGGGACCCGCACAGUGAUGGAGCGGCGACGACGCUGAAAAGGAUGCAAUAAACACCCUUGUCGAUCCGUGAAGGGGCUUUUCUUACAGACUCUGUGUUACAGAACCUCGGGAGAUGUAUGGCAGUGCGCGCGCCGUCAGCCACAUCGAGGGCAGCCCUGCUCGCUCCCCACGGCUGCCCCGCUCUCCUCGGUUGGGCCACCGUCGAGCCAACAGUGGCAGUUCGGGCAGCAAGACCUUAUCCAUGGAAAACAUCCAGUCCCUCAAUGCUGCCUACGCAACAUCUGGCCCAAUGUACUUGAGCGACCAUGAAGGCGUCGGAUCCACGGCUACUUACCCUAAAGGCACCCUGACGCUCGGUCGGGCCACGAGUCGAGCGAUGUACGGCGGUCGGGUUACGGCCAUGGGCAGCACCCCUAAUAUCGCAAUGGUGGGACUCCCGCACGCCGACCUGCUGUCUUAUGGAGAUCUGGGCUCACUGUCUAUGCUCCACCACCAGGGGACGCCAUCGGCCCUGCUGCGACAGGCGGUCAGGGGCAGUGGAGGUGAACUUUUGGAGCUCCAAGCGCAGAUGCGGGACAUGCAGAGGGAAAAUGAGCUACUACGGAGGGAGCUGGACCUGAAGGACAGCAAGCUGGGCUCUUCCACCAAUAGCAUCAAGAGCUUCUGGAGCCCCGAGCUGAAGAAAGAACGCGUGAUGAGGAAAGAGGAGGCAGCUCGCACGUCAAUUCUCAAAGAACAGAUGCGAGUGACCCACGAGGAGAAUCAGCACCUGUUGGACGCCAGGAGAACAAAGCACCUCCAGUUGACCAUCCAGGCCCUACAGGAUGAGUUGAGGACUCAACGUGAUCUCAACCAUCUUCUCCAGCAUCAGGGCGGGUCGCGGGUCAGUGUUGGUGAGCACUUCACCACCAUCGAGCUAACCGAGGAGAACUUCCGUCGACUCCAAGCCGAACACGACCGUCAGGCCAAAGAGCUCUUCCUCUUGAGGAAGACACUGGAAGAGAUGGAGCUGAGGAUUGAGACGCAGAAACAGACGCUAGGAGCCAGAGACGAGUCCAUAAAGAAGCUGUUGGAGAUGCUGCAGAGUAAAGGACUUCCCCCAGCCUCAGGAAGAGCGUCAGAUGAGGAAGAGCAAGAGCGAGCCAGGCGUAUCGCAGAGGCUGAAGCACAGCUGGGACACCUGGAGGUGAUAUUAAACCAGAAGGAGAAGGAAAACAUCCACCUGAGAGAGGAGCUUCAUCGGAGAAACCAGCUUCACCCAGACCCUGGAAAAACUAAAGCUCUUCAGACUAUCAUAGAGAUGAAGGACACCAAAAUCGCAUCCCUGGAACGCAACAUUCGAGACCUGGAGGAUGAGAUACAGAUGUUAAAGGCGAAUGGAUUGCUGAACACGGAGGAUCGAGAGGAGGAGAUCAAACAGAUGGAGGUCUACAAAAACCACUCCAAGUUCAUGAAGACAAAGAUUGACCAGCUCAAGCAGGAGCUCUCAAAAAAAGAGUCUGAGCUUUUAGCUCUGCAAACAAAACUGGAAACUCUAAAUAAUCAGAAUUCAGACUGCAAACAGCAUAUUGAAGUGCUCAAAGAGUCCCUCACUGCCAAAGAGCAACGCGCUGCCAUCCUACAAACAGAGGUGGACGCUCUUAGAUUGCGUCUGGAGGAGAAGGAAUCUUUCCUUAAUAAAAAGACAAAGCAACUGCAAGACUUGACAGAGGAGAAGGGAACACUGGCCGGGGAGAUCAGAGACAUGAAAGACAUGCUGGAAGUCAAAGAACGCAAGAUAAACGUCCUGCAGAAGAAGAUUGAGAAUCUUCAGGAGCAGCUGAGGGAUAAAGAUAAACAGCUCGGGAAUCUAAAGGACAGAGUGAAGUCUCUCCAGACGGACUCCAGCAACACUGAUACUGCCCUCGCCACGCUAGAGGAAGCCCUGUCUGAGAAGCAAGCAGAGCAGCUGUUCAGUCAAAUGAACAAUCCCAAGGCUCAUGAUAUGGAGGUGCAGCAAAGCUCACGUGGGAACCCUGAGUAUGUGGACCGGGUCAAGCUUCUAGAAAAGGAGGUGUCCUUCUACAAAGAGGAGUCCAGCAAAGCCCAGGCCGAGGUCGAGAGGUUACUGGAGAUUCUGAGAGAGGUGGAGACAGAGAAAAAUGACAAGGAUAAGAAGAUCGCAGAACUGGAAAGGCAAACCAAGGAUCAAAAUAAAAAGGGCCCAGGCAUCAAGCUUGGUCCUCAGAUGGACAAGAAAGGCCCUGGGAAUAUCUUGCAAGACCAACGGAAGGAUAAUCCAAUGGACAACCCAAAGAUGGAGGAGUUGUUGAAUGUUUUGGAGAAGACGAGGCAGGAGUUGGAAGCCACUAAGCAGCGUCUGUCCUCCACCCAACAGUCUCUGACUGAGAGAGACGGCCAUCUGACCAACCUCCGACAGGAGCGCAGAAAACAGCUCGAGGAGAUCUUGGAAAUGAAACAACAGGCUCUGCUCGCUGCUAUCAGUGAGAAGGAUGCUAACAUCGCUUUGCUGGAGCUGUCCUCUUCCAAUAAGAAGAAGACACAAGAGGAAGUGUUGGCCCUGAAAAGAGAGAAGGACAGACUAAUGCAUCAGCUCAAACAACAGACACAGAGCAGGAUGAAACUUAUCGCUGACAGCUACGAGGAUGACCAUUACCACCCUCACGCUCCACCUCCCCACAUGCAACCUCAACCC